CGCGGCGUAACGGCAGCCAUCUUGUUUGUUUGAGUGAAUCGGAAAGGAGGCGGCGGCUGUGGCGGCCUCGAGAGCGGCUCCCAAGCUACACCUUACAAGGGCUCCCCCCUUUCCCCGCCCCCUCCCCCAACCCUUUUCCCCUCCCCAGGCCACCCAGCCCGCCUAAUUCCCGGCGGAGAAUAAGGUUUCCUCUUGUUCAAUAGUCAACCAGAACAAUGUUCUACGCACAUUUUGUCCUCAGUAAAAGAGGGCCUCUGGCCAAAAUUUGGCUAGCAGCCCAUUGGGAUAAGAAGCUGACCAAAGCCCAUGUGUUUGAGUGUAAUUUAGAGAGCAGUGUGGAGAGUAUCAUCUCACCAAAGGUGAAGAUGGCUCUCAGAACAUCAGGACAUCUUUUACUGGGAGUGGUUCGAAUCUAUCACAGAAAAGCCAAAUACCUCCUUGCAGACUGUAAUGAAGCAUUCAUUAAGAUAAAGAUGGCUUUUCGGCCAGGUGUUGUUGACUUGCCUGAGGAAAAUCGAGAAGCUGCUUACAAUGCUAUUACUUUACCAGAAGAAUUUCAUGACUUUGAUCAGCCACUGCCUGACUUAGAUGACAUCGAUGUGGCCCAGCAGUUCAGCCUGAACCAAAGUAGAGUAGAAGAGAUAACCAUGAGAGAAGAAGUCGGGAACAUCAGUAUCCUACAAGAAAAUGAUUUUGGUGACUUUGGAAUGGAUGAUCGUGAAAUAAUGAGAGAAGGCAACGCUUUUGAGGAUGAUGACAUGUUAGUAAGCACCAGUGCUUCUAACCUCCUAUUAGAACCUGAACAGAGCACCAGCAACUUGAAUGAGAAAAUUAACCAUUUAGAAUAUGAAGACCAGUAUAAGGAUGACAAUUUUGGAGAAGGAAAUGAUGGUGGUAUAUUAGAUGACAAACUUAUUAGUAAUAAUGAUGGUGGUAUAUUUGACGAUCCUCCUGCGCUGUCUGAGGCAGGGGUCAUGUUGCCAGAACAGCCUGCAAAUGACGACAUGGAUGAAGAUGAUAAUGUUUCAAUGGGUGGGCCUGAUAGCCCUGACUCAGUGGAUCCUGUUGAACCACUGCCAACUAUGACUGAUCAAACAACACUUGUUCCAAAUGAGGAAGAAGCCUUUGCUUUGGAACCUAUUGAUAUCACAGUUAAGGAAACAAAAGCUAAGAGGAAGAGGAAGCUUAUUGUUGACAGUGUCAAAGAGUUGGAUAGCAAGACAAUUAGAGCUCAACUUAGUGAUUACUCUGACAUUGUUACUACUUUGGAUCUGGCACCACCCACCAAGAAAUUGAUGAUGUGGAAGGAGACAGGGGGAGUGGAAAAGCUCUUCUCUUUACCUGCUCAGCCUUUGUGGAAUAACAGACUACUGAAGCUCUUUACACGCUGUCUUACACCACUAGUACCUGAAGACCUUAGGAAAAGAAGGAAAGGAGGAGAAGCUGACAAUUUGGAUGAAUUCCUCAAAGAAUUUGAAAACCCAGAGGUUCCCAGAGAGGACCAGCAGCAGCAACACCAGCAGCGUGAUGUUAUCGAUGAGCCCAUUUUGGAAGAGCCAAGUCGUCUGCAGGAGUCUGGGAUGGAGACCAGCAGAACAAACGUGGAUGAGUCAGCCAUGCCCCCACCACCGCCUCAGGGAGUGAAACGAAAAGCUGGACAAAUUGACCCAGAGCCUGUGAUCCCUCCUCAGCAGCCAGAGCAGAUGGAUAUACCUCCUGUGGAGCUACCCCCAGAAGAGCCUCCAAAUAUCUGUCAGUUAAUUCCAGAGCUAGAACUUCUGCCAGAGAAAGAGAAGGAGAAGGAAAAAGAGAAAGAAGAUGAUGAGGAGGAGGAGGAUGAAGAUGCUUCUGGGGGUGAUCAGGAUCAAGAAGAGAGAAGAUGGAACAAGAGAACUCAGCAGAUGCUUCAUGGUCUACAGAGAGCACUUGCUAAAACUGGAGCUGAAUCCAUCAGUUUGCUUGAAUUAUGUCGAAACACAAACAGAAAGCAAGCUGCAGCAAAGUUCUACAGCUUCUUGGUUCUUAAAAAGCAGCAAGCUAUUGAGCUGACACAGGAAGAACCAUACAGUGACAUCAUUGCAACCCCUGGACCAAGGUUCCACAUCAUUUGAGCAGCUAAAAGCAUUAGAGCUAGUGUUCAUUUCACUAGUGUGUACAAAUUGCCCCCAUGUGCCGGGCACACAAACCCUUUGAGAAAAUUUAGGAUUUUGUCUGUACAAAAGUCUCUGCCUUUCUUUUUUUCAGUAUUUUAAAUUUCAUCUUUAAGAGAAACUGCUUAUGGAUGGAUAUGAUGAAGAAAACAAACACCCCACAGAUCCAGAAGAAUAGUUCAAAGCAGAUGUAUGCAAUACUAGCACACGUAAAUGUUGAAUAACAUUUGGGAUUUUUAUGAACUUUCAAUUCCUGGAUUGGGAAAGAAAACUUGACUAACAAUUUAAGAACUAUUACUUAGGAAAAUAUCUUUUCCUAAGUAAUCCCAUCAGUCUUGGGGAUCACUUUUUAGGGGUGGUACCCAAAACAACAGAGUGGUUCUCUUGAAAGUAUAAUUCCAUAUUGGCCAAUGGGGUAUGUGAAAUGAUGCUGUACUGAUCCCCAUCAGCUAUAAAGAACAAGGAAUUGGUUCAAAGUGCUCUGUUUUAUAAAUCAUUCCAUUUGAGACUUGAUAAUAAUGAACCUAUCCUAAAAAUAGUUUUAAUGAGAUUCUAAAAUGAGCCAAAAUACUUUUUUAGCAUAGAAUCACUAUAAAAAGCAACUUAACCAAUAACUAUAAAUCAAAAGUUUUUAAAAAAUGUUGGAUAUAUUUUGAGUAUUCAAAUCAUGAAAAUAAAAAUUAUGCCAACUGAGGGACAGAUGGAAAAUUAUACACUUGGUUGACUUUUAAGCAGACAAUGCUGUAAAAACUAUGGCUUCUCUGAUAUUUAUUAUAAAUUUUAGUACCGAUCUCUCCAACUCUGCACACUCCUGUGUUUGGAACUUUAUUUUAGUAGCUUCGCAACAGAAAUCAUAUAUCUGGUUUCUGAUAAUUUAAUUGAAGAAAAAUACAUCCAAAUAAAGUCAUUAUUACUAACAGACCAGGUUACAGAAAUUAUGUGACUAUUGUGAUUAUCAAAACACGUCUUAACUUUUUAGGGCAAAAUGACACUGAAAGUUGUAGCUUAAGUGUUGGCACUUUUGGGGGUGGGGUGGGAGGAUCACUUUUGAAACUCAGACUUCAGUGUAUACCCAGUAAUUUAAAAUUAUGUGAAAUGUUUUAAAUUUGUGAACUCGUAAUUACUGUUUUGAUGAUUGUUUCUUGAGGAUGUUAAUUGUAUAAAAUUGCUAUUGCAGCUUUAUUUUCCAUAUGAUGUGCCUGUAAACCAUGGAUUUCUCUCCCUUUGUAAAAAGACAUUGUAGAUAAUUGAAUGUUUGAUUAUAGAAAGGUCAUUAGUUUCUUGUUACACAUUUUGUUAGUCUGGUUUUGUUGCUUAUCGGGUUUAAUAUUGUUCUUGAAAAUAGUUGAUGCUAUGUUAUGUAUAACUUUUCUAAUAAAAGUUGUGUUAUAAGCUGUA